UCCCCCUGUCUGUUGAUAACACAGCCCGGAGAGGUUUGAAUCCAGUCUCUGGCCCCAGCCGCCAUGCUGAGCUGAGAGAGAGCCACUAACCAAACUUUGUCACGCUGCUGCUCCUGCAACGACGCCCGCUCAUCUCCGUACGCGCCGGGACAAAGAGGAAAGCGUCCCCACGACUGGUGUUGUGCCUCUUUCUUUGGGUCUCUGCCUCAACCGAUUCCCACUGUGUGAAGAAAAGUGAAAAAGCAGUUUUAAUGAAUCAGUAUUCGCUAGCCGACGCCAUGACAGACAACUUGAGGAUUUUAUAAUUCUCUCCGGAGGAAGAGCGUCGCAUCUUGUAAGGAGCCACAGAUCCAAAGUGCUCAUACACAGAUAGGCCAAGCUCCAGUUUCCCCCGUCUCUGUCCCCUGCCCUCAGUGGGCAGCUUGCCAGUGUCUGUGCCCAGUUACCGGCUCAGCUCUGGGAACCCCAAGGCCCCGAGCAGGUGUCAACCACCCUGCCCAGCCAAUGGAGCCGUGAGGGGAGCACAAAGGUUUCAAAGAGACCUGCCAGCAUGAGGAAACUUCACAGUCCCGAAGUUAGCGGAGUCUAACAUGGGGUUCGGUGUGCUGGGAGUGUUUCUGGGGCUGCUCCUGGAGGUGUCCACCCACGGACCCCAUGCUGUGCCUCGGACAUCCUGGAGACACCAAGAUUUGGAUCUGAUGGAGUUUUCUGAACCUGGGAUCUUCAACUACUCCACGUUGCUGCUGAAUGAGAAAAAAGAUGCGCUGUUUGUGGGAGCCAGGGAGGCCAUCUUUGAGCUCAGCAAGAGGAAUGUGACAGUCAAAACAAACAAGGUUCAGUGGAAAGUUGCCGAAAACCCAAUGAUGAUGUGCACUCUGAAAGGAAAAUCCAAAGAGCGAGAUUGCCUAAACUACAUCCGAGUGCUUCAAGUUGUGGACAGCGAGCGACUGUAUGUCUGCGGCACUCACGCCUUUCAACCUCAAUGUGACUACUUGCACCUUUCUAACUUUUCCCUGGAUGGUCGACCUGAAGACGGCAGGGGGAAGUGCUCAUUUGACCCCUCACAAAGCUUCACCACCGUCAUGGUUGAUGGAGAGCUGUACUCGGGGACAGCUUAUAACUUCUUAGGCAGUGAACCGAUUAUCUCCAGAUACUCUCCAUCACAGUCCCUGCUGAGGACAGAGUACUCCACUUCAUGGCUUAAUGAGCCCAGUUUUGUUUUUGCUGAUGUGAUCAAAGAGGGCAGAAAUCGAGUGGAUGGGGAGGACGAUAAAAUCUACUAUUUCUUCACUGAGGUGUCGGUGGAGUACGAAUUCUUUGGCAAGCUGCUCAUCCCCAGGGUGGCGCGUGUCUGUAAGGGUGACCUGGGAGGUCAGCGCACUCUGCAGAAGAAAUGGACAUCUUUCCUGAAAGCCAAGCUGGUCUGCUCCAUGCCUGAGCUUAACUUUGUCUUCAACGUUGUACAUGAUGUCUUCAUUCUGAAGGGGGCAGACGUGAAAGACACGGUCAUCUACGGCGUCUUUACCUCCCAGUGGGGUAAUGUGGGUCUGUCAGCAGUGUGUGCGUACAACAUGACAGCUGUGGAGGAGGUCUUCUCCAAGGGCAAGUACAUGCAGAAAGCCACAGUGGAGCAGUCCCACACCAAGUGGGUUCGAUAUAACGGCAUCACUCCGUCACCACGCCCUGGAGCAUGUAUAAACAAUCAGAUGCGACAGCAGAACAUCAGCACCUCUCUCCACCUGCCAGACAAAACCCUUCAGUUUGUAAAAGACCACCCACUGCUGGAGGAUCCCGUCUUGCCCAUCGGGAAUGGGCCUCGCCUCAUCACCAAAGAUGUCAACUACACUCAGAUCGUCGUGGAGAGGGUCCGUGCUCUCGAUAAGAACAUUUAUGAUGUCAUCUUCACUGGAACAGAUAAGGGGCUCCUCCACAAGUCUGUGGCCAUUGACGGAGAGGUGCAUAUUGUGGAGGAAAUUCAGCUCCUGAAGAACUCAGAGUCUAUAAAGAACCUGCUGCUGUCCUCUAAGACACGCUCCCUGUACGCUGGGUCAGACUCAGGUGUGGUCCAGUCCCCCACAGCCUUCUGCAGCAGGUAUCUGUUCUGUGAUGACUGUAUCCUGGCUCGAGACCCAUACUGUGCCUGGGACCCUCACAGCGCUGCCUGUGUCAACAUCUUUGAGGUUCCCAGCCAAAGGCUUCGGAGGUUAAUCCAGAGCCUGAAUGGUGAUGCAGACAGGUGUCCUUCAGUGUCUGGUCGAUCUCUGAAGGACUACCAGAGUGUGGCAGUGAAACCCGGGAGCUCUGCCGAGUUGCCAUGCCUCGUUCAUUCCAACCUUGCCCAGGUGAUCUGGAAAUUCAACAGCUCUGUUCUCACCGAGGCGUCCCGCUUCCACUUCAUCGGAGAAAACAGCCUCCUUAUUUACAGCGUGGCUCCUGAGGAUCAAGGUCACUACGAGUGCUGGUCAGUGGAAUGGGCUCCUGCCGCUGGGAAAAACUUCACCCGCCUCCUGGCUGCAUACGUCCUCAGUCUGGACCUCCCACCCAGACCCCCUCUCCAGGCAGGUCAUGUGACUACCACCCUCGGCAGUGAGGAGUCAUCGAGCACACAUGCAGCUGAAGGUAAUGGUCAAACAGACAGAGCCCCACUAACGUCAGCCCUCGCCCCUCCCAGCUUCACAUCCCCAGUCCAACUCACCUCCCCUCCCCAGACUGACUCAUCACUAACCCCGCCCCCCAGCAGCACAAUCAAGCUCCAGCCAAAGCAGCACCUUCCCCACAGCUCCAAUGCCCCCCGCCCGGACAGCUUGGACCCAGCCGCUGAAUAUCUAGAGCACAACAACAGCACGGCCCUCCUCCUUCUCUUCCUCCUCUUCUUUCUCCUCUUCCUGGCUGCUCUGGCGUACAACUGCUACAUGCAGUACCUCCCAGCGCCCUGCCUGCGCUUUCGGGCUGCCCUGCUGGGCAGCCACAAGAACGCUCAUCAGCCCGAGUACCUCUCCUGUGAGGCGGGGCUUAUGGAGGCUUCUGCAACCGACAAAAUAAACAUGACUGAGCAGCCCACGCAGAACGGCAGCCAGACUUCACAAAAUCUGCGGGCGCUACGUGACACUGGGUACGAGACGGAGCCAGAGUGCGGCAACGGUCAAAUCCCAUCUCACAGCUUUGGAGGAGACAGCACAUCUCAGGAGAAACCCUUCGAUGUGGACUGUGAAUCUCAGCCAAUUCAGUUUGCAGAUGCAGAUGAACCUUACUGCUAGCCUCAUGUCUGUUCCUCUUAGCACACAGACUGUUUGAACGGGGGCACAGUUUCGCUGCACCUUCACACAACUUAUUACUUAAAGGUUUCCUCUAUGUAAAAGCAUGUUUAGUGAAGUUAAUUCCUGCUGUCUGGUUUAGAGCUGACAUAAGAGAACAAAAUCUGUUUGACAGAAGCUGCAACCUCUUAGCCGAGUCCAGCGAGAAAAGCUAUUUCUUAAAUUCCAAAUUGGAAACAUUGUUUACCAAAUUGGUAAGUUACCCUGAUGUUUUCCAAAUUGGAGUCAUUUUUUUGUACAGCAUGAGUGACAAAAAUAAGCUUUUGCUUUUUCUUUUUUUUUUUCUUUUUUUUUUAAGCAAUGUGUUGGCUUUUGGACUUGAGUAAAUGCUUCAACAUUAUUUUCUCAGGGAAGAUUUGCUCACAUUAGCCUGGCUUUGUUGUGCAGUUUCUCCAAUCUGAAGCAUCUGAUAUGUGGGUCUUAAAGCAACAGUAUGUAACUUCUACAUCGACAUAGAAGCUUUGAAGUGAAUCUACCAAUAUGGCGGUAGUAUGUUACCUGGAAGUGGGCUACAGAUCUCUAGCAAAAAUUUCACAGCUUUGCAGGACUAGUUCAAAUCUAUUUCAACUAUCAUUUAAUAAUGUUGGCACAUAUCCACAGCCUACAAACAUCCUAACAACAGUUGAAUACACAUAAACACACUCCACAUGCAUACAGUUUGUAUACAACGGGCUGUAGACUCUAGCAGAGUCGUAUUUGCACAAAGUCUAAUGUAUUAUUACUGUUCAUGGACAUGCUUCUUUGGCUUCUUAAACUACUUUUGCUGGCUUAGCACCCUCUGUCAGCAAAGGCACAUUAUCUUAAGCAGAGGAUAUAUUUGCUAUUAAAUACAUGAACCUGGGAACAUCAUCACUUCCAUGCAUCCUCAGUUUUAGUUUGAUGCACCGGCUGUACAGGUCCUCAAAAAUGGGACUAGGAUACAAUAUAAAAUAUGCACAUGUAAGAUAAAUGCAGUGAAGAGGCCGAGCAGCAGAGACAAAAAUGGGGGUCCGUCUGCAGUCCAUACAUUUUUGAUGGCCACUCUAGCAGACUCUUCAUCUGAGACCGUUUGCUGUAUGACAGAUUUCCAGUUUAAUUCAACUUUAUCCAUAAGCAAAGUCUGGCAGGUGAUAAAAAAAGAAAAAAAGGUAAGAGGUCUAAUCUGGGAUUAGAUUAUGCAAAAAUCAGUUUUAGAAGUAGUUAAACCAACAGUGACUCGAUUUAGCUAAUGUGAGCUUUAGCAAACAUAGCUGAAGUUAACAUAGCUAACAUACCAACACAGCUUACAUAGAUGCUUUGCAAGCUUAGCUUUAGCUAAAUUGCUACAUUAGCAAUGUAGCCCUGUUAUCUAUAUCUAAAUUAGCCUUUGCAAUUUUGAGCCUUAGCAGAUGUAGACAGUUAACUUAGCCACAAAGAUAGCAUUGAUACAUAGCUUAGCUGCUCUGUGAGCUUAGCUUUAACUCUGUCAGCUAUGUUACGUAGCUUACGCAGCUAGCGGAGCUCUGUAAGCUACACUGGCUGUGUUGGUAUCCUAACCCUUACCUUAACCCUGACCCCAAACCAUAAAUGGAAAUUUAAUCUGAUUUUAUUUUGAAAGUUUUAGCAUGUAUUUCCAUUCUGAGAUAUUCGGGCGUCUCAGAUGAACGGGUGUAAGAGUGGCCAUCAGUAACGAUGCAGCCUGACAGAUAAAAUAAGGGUAUAUCACAAAGGUAUUUCUGUCUUUUGUAACAUCCAUAUCUACAAAAAGUCGACUGAAAGACACCAGAUAAAAUGGUUAUUAAUUAAACCAAUACACCAGGAGCGGUACAUCCAUGCACUGGUGAAAACAAAGAGCAAACAUUCUGACCACCAGCUAUCAGUCUGAGUGGAUCUGAUGUUAAUUUUACUGAUUUUAGUGUCAGUUCUGAUGUCAGAAUUAUAUUAACCUCCUUCAGUGUCACCAUUUUUGCAGUUUACAUCCCACACAUCAGGUAGUUGUAUAAAACAUCAACUCUGUUGUGCCCUCUAGUGGUAUUCUCCAGUAACACGCAACUGUAUGUUCAAGAAUGUCCAUGAUGCAGCCAGAUCCAACAUUUAUCUCCAACCAAAAGGGGAGGCCUAGAAGCACUGUUUUAUAACAGUGCAGUUACUCAGAGACCUAUGGUGCACCAAACGGAGUCACUACAUAUUGUUGCUUUAAUCUCAGCCAGUGAGAAUGAGGCAGAUCUGAAGGUCAGAAAAAGACGAGGACAAGUUUGCAUAGAAGAGUAAAGCUGGAAUAAAUCAACCACUGUCUUGUAUAGAGCUGUCUGUAUUCUAUGUUUCCUGACAUGUUUGAUUCUCCUAUCUAUUAACCCUUUACUAGCCCCCCUCCCAUCUGUGGUCUUGAAUAGUAUGACAUGAUGCUUGACUUUAUCAGUCAUCUCUAAGGCAGCCCUGAAACAAUCUGAAGUUAUUCCUAUUUGUAAAGAAGUGUUAGGACCAUAUUAUUUAAAGAUGAGUCACAGCUGUGGUAAUAUCUUUUUGUCUAUGGUGUAAGUAGCUCUUCAUUCUUUUAUUUUAUUGUAUUUAUUGCAGCAGAUUCAGGCUUCAUUCAUUAGUCUCCACU